UACUCCAACAGCACGAUGGACUUCCAGAACCGAGUGGGCUCCAAGCCUGGCUCCGGCGGUGUAGCGUCCGACUCGCAGAGCAAUGUGGACCGCCGCGAGCGGCUACGCAAGCUGGCGCUUGAGACGGUGGACCUGGCCAAGGACCCGUACUUCAUGAAGAACCACCUCGGCUCCUACGAAUGCAAGCUCUGUCUCACUCUGCACAAUAACGAGGGCAAUUAUCUAGCGCAUACUCAGGGCAAGCGCCACCAGACCAAUUUGGCCCGACGUGCAGCCAAGGAGGCGGCGGAUGCGGCCCAUUCGACUGCCGCCGCUAACCUCCAGGCAGCGAGAGCAGCGGCAGCCGCUGCGGCUGCCAAACCAAGGGCUCUAAAGAUCGGACUGCCCGGCUACAAGGUGACCAAACAACGAGACCCCGACACGGGCGCCAGGAUCCUUUUGUUCCAGAUCGCAUACCCGGAAAUCGCGGAUAAAUUGCAGCCGCGCCACAGAUUCAUGUCGGCUUUUGAGCAAAAAGUGGAGGCGCCCGAUAAACGCUGGCAGUAUCUGCUCUUUGCGUGCGAACCGUACGAGACCGUGGCGUUCAAGAUCCCCAACGACGACGUUGACAAGAGCGAAGGCAAAUUCUUCAGCAACUGGGACAAGGACGGCAAGACGUUCACGUUGCAGCUGACGUUCGCCGUCGAGGAUGCGAAGAAGAACCAACCUGCGCCUCCUCCGCCACGUCCAACACUGCGGUAUCUGUAGAUUGCGUGCUGCUAUGCUGCUUUCUACAAGAUAAUAUAGGUUUUUGGUUUCGAUAACAACUUGUUAGGUGUGAUUUUGUGUUAGGCAGGAGGAUACCAGUUUCGAUACAGUUCAAGCGUCAACUUAAGCGGUAUCUAAACGGAUAUAACCUCGUACAAGAGAUCGAUAACAUGCAUGCUUCCUUUCCUCGC